AUGGGCAUAAUAGAGGAAAAGAGUUUGAAAGAUAUGGAAAUAAUUCAGCUGCCGAGAGAAGCGAAACGCCUCCACCGGAAUAUCGGCUUGAACAGCUUGAGUAAGCCGAGCAAAUCCAGAGUUACAAAAGCUUUAGAAACUCACUGGGCAGCGCAUUUAAGCGCAAAUUCCCUAAUCACCUUCAGUCUCCCCAGCAAGCGCCUUUUAAACCUCACGAGCUCAACAACUAGAACUUGCUUUAGACUCGCCUCUACUGCUAUUGGUGGUGUACUUGCUCUGCCAGGCACUGCUAUCGACGCCACUCGCAAAUAG